AUUUGAUACCCCCCUGCCCAUCCCAUCCUAUCCCCUCUGCUUAUCAGAUCCUGGGGAUCGUGGGCUCACACUGUACCUACUGUUUUUUCCAUGUGCCAAGACGCAAGUCACUAGUAAAAGAAACGAAAGAAACACCCAAAAAAGCCAUGGCGCGUUUUGUGGAUUUGGAAGAGGACGAGGAUGUUGGGGCGGGCCCUGGCGGCUUUACCGUCAACGAUCCUCGUGCCGCUUCUGCACCUCAUCAUGAGGUCGUGCCGCCCAUUCCGCCUCCUGGUCCUCUUCAUCAUGACGACCCCCAGCAGAGUGAACUUUCUCAAAAAGAUCAGCAUCUUCUUCUCCUCAGGAAGCUCCAGUUGUUGUCUGCCAACAGCCGGAAUGGACCUUGGCCUCAUUCAUUGUACAACCCAGAGCCGCUAGGCACCAUGGACUCUUCUACCUUUCAGGCGCCUAUUACCAACGCCUUUCAGUGUUAUCCUGUUGUCGAAGCCAUUGCAUCUUCUAUCGACCUCAAUACCCUUGAUGCUCUUUCACGUACCUGUCGUCUCAUCCAUCAUGGCCUCAUUCAGUACCGUGCUACUCUGAUCAACUCUACCCUCCACUGCCAAAACGAAGAAGUCCCCGUUGAUGGCUCCGAAACCUUUCGCUACCGCGCUCGCGCUGGUAAUUGGUUUUACAUGGAAGAUGGGCGCAGCUACAAUGGCAAAUCAGGCGACUGCGCUCGCGAUAUGGUUGGCGAGUGCCGUCGAUGCGGCGAUGUGAUAUGCCGGAACUGCGCCAUCAAGCCACCGGCUUCCGUCGCCCUCAAGGAGAGGCAUAGGAGACUCUGCAAACCUUGUGUUCACGCACCUAUAGCCACUCUUAUCAAGGCGCCUGUAGAUUCAGAUGUACCACUGUCAUCGGAGUUGGUGUCGCGAGACGUCUGUAAGUGCGCCGACGAGGGCGUUUGGCUCUGUCAGCCAUGUGGGCGAAGCAUUCGUGCCGCAGAUCAUGACUACCAGCGUAUCUGGCGUUGGCGAAAUCAAUACGGUGAGGUUCUUGGUGGUCUUGGAACAGGCAUUGGCGAGGGCGUUCGUGGCGUCGUGUGUGGCCGCGAAGCAGAUUGCUGUGCCGCCAAAGAAGUCGAGCAUCAAGUAGACUGCGACGCCGAGGACGCCCGGGACGGCAAUGUCGCCCCGGCUCCGGCCCCGCAACAAGCUCCGGUUGACGCUCUGAUCGACCAGCUCCGUCUUACACAUGAGCGCACACCGUCACCGUCCCUCGGUCCUGGCUACCUUCGUCAUGAGAUCGAGGGCAUUGGCGGUGUUGUGAAGCGCAAACGUGUUCGCAUGGUGCGUGUUGGUCAUUGUGUCCCCGAGUGGGAUGAUGAGCGCACCAGCGGUAGUCGUAUCCUCGGCCGGGAGGUUAGAGGAGAACGUCGUUCGUGGUGUGGUUGGUGUAACCGUGUGAUUCCUGGUGAAAAGGAUCUCUUGAAUGAGCCACCCUCCUCAUCAUCUUCAAGUGCUGGAGGAAGCCGUCGCACAUCGACGUCGACUACUAGAUCGACUGAGAUGAAGUUGGAUUAGAACAAAAGUUGCUUCGUAUAGUUUUUCUUGAUUGAUUUAACGAAUGUUCGUAUAUAGGUGUGUAUCAACAUCUUGGAUUAGCUUUAAUUGUUUGCUAUGUGGGAACAAGGGGUACAUAUGGGACACAAUUGGAGAAUUGUUGGGCAUUGAAUGCCAUAAACUCGUCGGCAUACGCUAUUCAUGAUACAUGAAAUAGGGAGACAAGGGUAAAGAAUACAAGAGGCUAUUGUAUUCAGGGAGUUUUUGGUAUUUGGCAAUUAUACAGAUUUUUGCCCUCCCGUUGGGCCGGAAUCAACACUAUUCGCAUUUCACUUCAUUCCUUAUGACCAUAAUCCUACAUCAACC